GACAUGCAUUUGCUCUGGUUGCAUUUAUGUAUUAAUUUAUUCAUCUUAAUCAACGCAUACGAAAAUAUUGCUCUGGGGAAACCAGCAUGGCAGCGUUUUCCGUAUAGCGGUCGACCUUGUUGGGGAGCGGAUCGCGCUGUAGACGGACGGAAGUCAAAUCUCUCUCGGUACGACGACCAGUGUACAAUAUCCGGGAACAAUCACCCUGUGGCAGAAUGGAGGGUGGAUCUAGGGGAAGUUCUUAGCAUGCAUCACAUUGUGAUACACUACAGGACUGACAAUGAACCUUGGGGAAAUCCAAGUAAAUAUUCGGGGCGAUUUUUGGGGUUCUCUGUCUACAUAUCAAACACAACGAACAAAGAGGACGGGAUUCUGUGCUUCAGAGACAGAAACUUUACUAGAGCAACAAUAGAGAAUCCUUUAACGAUAAAUUGCCCUAAUCGUGGACGUUACGUCAUCUACUACAACAAUCGAACACAUCCCCCGUUUCCUUCUGGUUAUUCUACAGAUGGAGCAUACAACGACAUAUGCGAAUUUGAGGUUUAUGGUUGUCCCACACCAGGAUAUUACGGAGAGGACUGUUCUUUACCGUGUCCACAGAACUGUCAGGAAGGUCACUGUCACAUCGUGGAUGGAACCUGCCUGGGGUGUACUGAUGGAUACAAAGGUCCAACUUGUAAUGAACAAUGCAACAGUAAAUCGUACGGUCAAGAAUGUCAGCAGAAUUGUGGAAACUGUAUAAACAAUGAACAGUGUCAUCAUGUGAACGGAAGUUGUAUAAACGGUUGUGGCAGUGGAUUUUAUGGCACGAAAUGUGACCUAACCUGCCCUGAAGGUCGAUAUGGCUACAAUUGUGAGGAGCACUGUAACAUUAACUGUGGAGUUCCAUACAGAUGUGACAGGGUGACAGGGCAGUGUGAGGAACGAUGUAAAGUGGGAUGGAAAGGGGCCACAUGCGAUACACAAUGUAAUGAAGGAAAGUUUGGUCAAAAUUGCAACCAUUCGUGUGGACAUUGCCUUGACAAUGAGCAAUGUAAUUACAUCAAUGGUACAUGUCCCAAUGGAUGUGAUAUUGGUUAUCAAGGAAGUCAAUGUACACAGGUUUGCAGUAAUAAUACACAUGGAGAUGGAUGUUUGCUUAAAUGUGGGAACUGUUUAUAUCUGUAUGGAGAACAAUGUCAUCACGUGACUGGUCAAUGUCCACGAGGAUGUGAGAUUGGUUACCAUGGCGAUCGCUGUGACCAGGGUUUUGAAGGUUUAAUUCAUCCUGUAUCUGAGAGCCAAUUAUCCACCUCACUCUAUGUCUGUACGACAUUUCUUAUCUUAAGUGGAUUACUAAAUGUCAUUUUUGCUGUCAGAUUUCUCAGAGAACGAAGAAAGACAAUGUACAAACAUCAAAAGAACCUGAAAAGUGAAAGUGAAAGGAACAAAGAGUUGGAGCACUCCAUGCCUAUCCCCGAGUGUUCGCACAAUCAAUAUGAAAACUUCUCUCUGUAUGAGGAACUUGGGAUAUCUAAAUAGAAUAAUACUUGUUUUUGCCUUUGAAAAUGAAAA